AAGCAGAAGGAGAAGCAGGAGGGGAAGCAGGAGGGGAAGCAGGAGGAGAAGCAGGAGGGGAAGCAGGAGGAGGAAGAGGAGGAGGACGAAGAAAAGGAGGAGGAGGAGGAGGAAGAAGGAAAUCAGCAGGCGGACCUACAUGAUCUCCACAAGAGUGAGGGUCAGGAUGAAAGAAAGCAGGAGCAGGAGGAGGAGGGCGAAGAAGAAAAAAAGGAAUGGCACGGCGACGAGGAAGAGGAUGACGAAGGAAAGCAGGAAAAGGGUCAUCCUCAAAAGGGUCAGGAAGAACAAAAGGAGGAACAUGAUCGCCACCGGCCAAGCGAUCGGGAGGAGGAAGGCGAGGACGAAAAAGGUGAGCAAGAUGAGGGAAGCGAAGACGUUCAGCCUGAACGUGAGGAGCGAAGAAAGGAGCAGCACGGGCAGGAGGAAAAAGAAGCUGCUGCUGCCACUGCACCACCGGGUGCAGCAGAGGAGGUCUGCCAACGCCACGGCGAGGCACAGCCUCAGCCUCAGCCUCCCGAAGCCGGUCAACCAGCCUGACGACCAGGUCGUCAGGAGGCAUCUCGGGAUCGGGAUACUGAAGGUGAAACGGGCCACCUGAGGAAGAAGAGAUGGAGAACAAAAGUGAGAUUCUGAUACGCUGCAGCAGAUGCAUUGCAAUCCCUUUAAGAGAAAACAACAAUAAACGUGACACGUGUAGAUACUCGCACAUUUUCUGUGGGCAAUAACUGCCGGCACAACAUGUUAAACUGUGUAUCUUCCCUCUAAUAAGCAGCCUGUGACAUUAAUAAGGCACCAAAGCGUUGAAGCUGUAUUCAUUCAGAUUUAGUUAUGACGUUCAGUACUUCUGUCUCUGCUAAUUUUUUUUUAGAUUUUUAGGCCUUUAAUGAUAGGACAGAUAGGAGGCAGAGAGAGGGGGAGUGACA